AUGAGUAUCCAAAGAGUUUUUUCUUCUGAUACUCAUAUUUGUUCUUCUAAUUGGAAGUAUGAUGUCUUUAUAAGCUUUAGAGGUGAAGAUACUCGGAAGAAUUUCACAGAUCAUCUAUAUGCAGCUUUGACUCGAGAAGGAGUUAAUGUUUUUAGAGAUGCCGAAGAACUUGAUCGAGGAAAACCCAUUUCUUUGGAGCUCCUUCGAGCAAUUGAAGAAUCAAGAUUUUCGAUUAUCGUCUUCUCAAGAAACUAUGCUAAUUCCACUUGGUGCUUGCAUGAAAUUGCUAAGAUUGUUGAAUGUAAGAACACAAUGGGACAAAAUAUUUUUCCCAUUUUUUAUGAUGUUGAUCCAUCCAUGGUAAGGAAACAAACAGGGACAUUUAAGAAAGCUUUUGCUAAGCAUGAAGAAACUUUUAAGGAGAAUAAACAAAAUGUUCAAAUAUGGAGGAAUGCUUUAAAAGAGGUUGCUGAUCUCUCUGGAUGGGAUGUGAAAAAUAGGUAA